UAGUUUUAAUUUGUAGUUCUCAUUGUAAGAGAGGCUAAGCAUCUUAUGUUUGGAGAGCCAUCUGAAUUGGGAAAUCCUUUUCCUUUCCCAUUUUUUCUGUUGAGUUUGAGGUUACUUGUAAACAGGAGCCCCACUUAUCUCUUACCCUCCUUAUCCAGUCGCUCUUCAAACUGCACCUGGCUUAAAAGCAAAUGAACCCAACCAGACCAUUUCUUGUGGCCCCGAUACCUGUUGAUGUAAAUCAGAUGGGUGAAUUCACUUUUGUUGGGGGCCUGAGCCCCAGAUGUUUAAAAGUAGCUUUGUCAGUAAAGGAAAAGAAGACCCACUGAGGGUUUACAGCAGAGAAGGAGGGAACGGUUGGUAGAGAGAGGGAGGUUGGGAAGUAACCUACUGGAAGGAGCAGGGAAAGGACAUGAUGCAAGAAGAGAGCUGGAGAAGGUCCGGCUGGUGUCCUGCAGUGAGAAAGUCCCUCUGAUGUGAAAUUGUUAAGUUCCCGGCAUGAACGGAGAAAUUACUUCAUGAGUCUGUCAUGAUAGCCCGUUCUGUGGCAGCAAGCUCUCGCAAAAGGAAAUGCCAGCUUCUACUAAAGCUAUAUGGAAAGUUUUCCUUUGGUUGUUUUUGGCAGCAUUAGUAAAAGAAUUUAAAACAAUGAGUCUGAUAGGAAGGACGACCCUCAAGUGACUUGAGUACUGACGAUUGUCUAAAAUUGUCAUUCCUAAGAAAUACAAUCAACUGGGUUUAGGCCUAGAUGCAAUCCAGAGGUUUGUUUGCAUAAUUGAUUACGACAUCUUAAGAAGAGGGGAUUUUUACGAAAAUUUUUUUGUAUUGAGAUUGCUUUACAUUCCUUUACAGGACCAGAAAAUCUCUUGUUUGAGAACCAACGAAGAGCUUCUGGAACACAGGGCUUUAGUUCUUUCGACACAUGGGAAUGUUCUCAUUAUGAACAUUUACACUUACUUUUAUCAGCAACAUUCCUGUGUGAUCUGAUCUUGUAGAAGAGAGAGGGUUCUCUCCUUUUCCCUUAAGGCAGACUGCUUAAGGCAACUACCUGCUGACUCAUAGCCUCCCCCAUGCCACCCGGCUGCUCUCCUCAGGAUGAGCGGGAGAGCUGUUUAGUGCUUCAGGCCUCUGAGAGGGGCCUAGUGUUCCCUGACCUAUCUUGACCUCCCCAGUUGGACCCUGGCACUGUAUUUGAACUGUAUAUCUAGGCUACAUUUUGUUCUUGCUGUUAACGAUCAAUCCAGUCUUUUAAAUCCUCAUCGGUAGGUUGAUAGAUUUUACUCAACUUGGUACCAGCAGCAAGUUAAGCUCUUUAAAAUUGUUCAUGCUGUGCUUUGGUGAUCAUUUGACAUGUAGACUGGUUCUGAACUUCAACAUGGGCUCCUCUUUAACUGGAAACAGCAGGAGCCUCUUAUGAGAUCUGUGAUGGCCCCACAAAUCUUGCUUGUUUUCUCAUUCUUAUUGGAGAAGGAGUCUGCCAGGGCUGGGGGUUCUUCGUUGGCGUCGGCUCCGGUGUCCACCUUCCCUCGCUCUUCUGUCACGCCGUCCAAUCAGGACAUCUGCAGUUCCAGGGCAGUGUGUUCUGAGUGUUGUCACCACAGUCCCGUGCAGUCUGCUGUUGUCUUGAAAGCUCCUCCAGGCCCGAGUUCUCUGACACAAGGGCUCACUGUGACAGUUAUCUGUAAAGACACAUUGUCUAAGAGAAAUUCCUGUGGUUCCGAAUGGGCCCAGGCCUUGAAGCCUGCUGACAAUACCAAAGCCAGAAGAACGCUAAAGUUCUCAAAAUCCCUAAACGAUGUGGGUGAGAAGGCCCAGGAUACUGUGGAAAGUUUUGACUACGUGGAGAGAACUUGCUCCGAAGGGAAAUUGAUCCUCCCUCCAGAUCCGGGUCUGAGAAUUAAUAGGUUCCAUCAGAAGGAAAAAAGAGCACUGCAUCACAAACCUCUUGGCAAUUCCAAACAUUCUUGUGUUUCCUCCCUUUCUGCCCAUCGGUCAACUGCCUCAGAGGUGGACGCUGGCAAGGGGGGCAUGCAUGUCCCUCUUUUGGAAGAGAAAGCGGAUGGCGAUGCUGUGUCCCGGGGCCGGCGACUGCUCCAGUACCUGUUCUCGCUCUCACACGGCUCGAGUGCCAGCAGCCUGCACAGGUUCCAGGAGCUGGAGAGCUGUGCCGCCCACCUGCACACCACCAAGUCCUCUAGCGGGCUGGCAGGGAGCACGGGCUUCUACUCUGAUGAAAUGGGAGACGACGAUGUCUUUGAGGACAGCACAUCUGCAAAAUGGAAGAGCAAGGUCCUGCGGGCGCCCCUCUGCUCAGUGGAGAAGGACAGUGACCUGGAUUGUCCUUCUCCCCCCUCUGAAAAAUGCCCCCCCAUCUCUCCUGUGUCCACGUCAGGGGAUGCCUGCAGGAUCUGCCACUGUGAGGGGGACGACGAGAGCCCUCUGAUCACCCCCUGCCGCUGCACGGGGAGCCUGCACUUCGUGCAUCAGACGUGCCUGCAGCAGUGGAUCAAGAGCUCGGACACGCGCUGCUGUGAGCUCUGCAAGUACGAGUUCAUCAUGGAGGUCAAGCUGAAGCCUCUGAGAAAGUGGGAGAGGUUGCAGAUGACGGCCAGUGAGCGCAGGAAGAUCAUGUGCUCGGUGACGUUCCAUGUCAUCGCCAUCACCUGCGUGGUCUGGUCCUUGUAUGUGCUCAUUGACCGUACCACCGAGGAGAUCAAACACGGACAGGCAACAGGAAUCCUAGAGUGGCCCUUUUGGACUAAACUGGUGGUUGUGGCCAUCGGCUUUACCGGCGGACUUCUUUUUAUGUACGUUCAGUGCAAAGUGUACGUGCAAUUAUGGAAGAGACUCAAGGCUUAUAACAGAGUAAUCUAUGUUCAGAACUGUCCAGAAACAAGCAAAAAGAAUAUUUUUGAAAAGUCUGCGCUAGCAGAAGCCAACUUUGAAAAUAAAGAUGGACGUGGAAUCUGUCAUUCUGACACAAACUCUUCUUGUUGGACAGAACCUGAAGACACUGGAACAGAAAUCGUUCAUGUCUGAUUUUGUGGAGGAGUAGUUUUCCUAGGCAUCAAAGAAAAGCUGAAGGAAAUUGUUUACUGCCAAUUGUGUACCUUUUCUUAUGUCCUUUAAUAGCAUAGACCGGGCAGGUGACUGUUUUAAUGGCUUCUCUUUUUCUAAACCCUCCUUAGUGAAUCUUCUGGAAAGCCCUCACGUUGGCUGUGCAUGGCCGGGUUCCACUUCUGCCAGCAUUUGCAUGGGAAGGGAGGUCCCUGUGAUGCUCUAUGAUGGGUUGCUGGCUGUUCUGGCCCAUGAGCAGAAUGAGAGAAUAAAAUGCCAAACCCAAGGGAAGAGCAGGAGCAGGGUGGCACCCUGGCCUCGAAGCCUGGCCUCUCCCGGUUGGCAGCAGUCCCUACCCGGGCACAGAGUGUUUGGGAAUGUCUAGCCAUGAUGAGAGGAUUUCCCUCCUCCCUGAGAAGAGCGUGGGGAGCUGAGCACCUCUGCCAGGGCUGCCACUGACCGUUUUCCUGAGCAGAUGGGGUUAUAGUGCUCUCUGCAUGGUGGCGAGUGAUUCACUAAGCAAACAGCACUUUACAAAAAGAGAAUCUUUAUUUUGUAAUAUGUGUGCCCAGUGGGAUUGACAUUUAAAAGAACAUCUCAUUUAGAAGCCUUCCUUUCAUUAUCUCUUUUACAUUAUAAUAAUAGAUCUAAAACCCUCUUUGCCUUAUAUAUUCUAAGAAAACUGACAUCUACUCUGUGUCCAUAAAAGGGACUUGUGGCUCUAAAGCAAGGACAAACAGAUCGGAGGCUUUUUCCUGACAUUUCAUGGGAAUUAGUGGAUGCCGCAUGGCAAUUUGAGCCUAAUUCUUGUGGUUUCAAGCCUAUUUUAUGACAAGUGUUUAUGUCACUGGCCUUCCCCAAACAUUUCUUUUUGGUCAACUUUGAAAAAGAAGGUUUUGUGAGAUCUAAACAAAAGGAAGCAAGUGAGUAAUUAGAACAAAACUGAAUAUUUAGAAACGACUCCUUUCCAGACAAACCUCUCCAGUUUGUGAGACUUCACUGAAUGAGUAAGUGUGCACUGCCCUGGUCUGGGGCAUGGCCCCAGGGGGUGCUCCUUGGGUGCCUGCCACCUUGGACGGCUUCUGCUUCGGGGGAGGUUCUGUGGAUCGCUGGCCCAGGCAGAGAGACAGACGGGCUGGCUCUGGGACGAAGGCCAGGAGUGAGCAGCAAACUGCCAUUGGCCCAUGGUCACUGCCCCCAGCCAUACCUCUACCUAUUUAUCGCCUUAACUGGACUGCACAGAGAGGAUUCUUGUGAUCAGUUCGUUCUGUCGUCAGGGAUUAUUUCCUGUACCAUUUUCAUAAGACAAAACCAAAAUCACUACCAUCAAAUGGCCUUUGUCCCUUUAAAAAGUCUGCUUAAAAUUCUGUUUUUAAAAAAUGAGUUUCACUUCACCAGGAAAAUAGGAGUCAACUCCAGGAAAACAGGCCAGGAGGGUCUGCAGUGUAACACAAGCGUGCCCGGGUACUUACUCUCCGGGCGACUCUGCAUGUGUAAGCCUCCUCUGAGGGGAAGAGUGCCCGGGGGCCCUGCCCUCAGUCCCCUGAACCUUAGCUGACUCUGCUGUCCUGCUAAGAGGAUGAAGCAAACACAAGACGAUCCCUUUGCCUUUCAGAGUGGAAGUGCUCUGGUUUGUUUUGAAAGCCUGGAGGAGGCUGAAGUGCAACUAAGCUCUGGGGGAGGGUAGCUUUGUCCUGCCUCUCUUCCCAUCCUGUGUGUCAUUUGUUGGCAUCACGGACCCUGGUCUAAGGAGCUGCCCCAUUGUGGCCUUCCUCUGGCCAUCCCCUGAAAAAUAGGUCAGCCUGCUCGCUCUCUCCGCCUCCCAGGCCGCGUCCAGUCCGUGCCCGUGUUCACUGUGCCCCAAAGUGCAAUUACCCACACCCCGUCUCAGCCUGGGGAUGGCCGGUAGCUACACAGUAUCUCCACUCAGGGGAGCUGAGUCCUGGGCUGGCCCUACCUGUGCCCCUUAGGAGCUGCCCAGGGAAGGCCCCUUGUCCCUGCCCUCUUACAGCAGAUGAGCAGUCCUGUGAAGACUGGGAUUGAUUUUUAAGUGGGAUUCCUUCUCCUGUCCCUGAUGGAACCCCUUGCACUGAACUUGAAAGUCACUAGAUUUCUCGCAGAGAGGAAAGUGUGCUUAGGUAGGGACAGCCUCUGGGCAGCCCACCUGUCAUGGCUGGCACCCACUAUGGCAGAGGUGCCUUUAUAACCCAUGACUGCUGUGUUGCUCCCGUGCCUGACCAAAUUCUCAUGUGAAACCCUCACUUCUUUUCAGGAAGGCCUAAUACCAUCUUAUCACCUCCACCAAGGUCCUAAAAAAAAGCCUUCUGCCUGGGGACGGUCCAUCCCACAUCUUUCUUUCCUCGCCUGGGAUGGCACACACAUGCUCCCUUGCCUUUUUCUUUUCUCGUAGGUUCUAGUUGAGCACCUCUGACUCCAUUCUCAGUCUCUGCUCUAAUCACUAACCCCCAGAGGUGGACCCUGGAGGCCCAAGCUCUGGAAAGGUGGUGCUCUGCUGCCAUCUAGUGGGCGCAGCGGAUCUGCCGGGGGUUCCUUUAGUCGUAGCACCUUGCCUUCGAGUUUUUUUUUGGGGGGGGGGGUAUUUAUUCCCCAGUUUCCCCUUAUUCUGCACGUGGCUUUGGUGGGCAGACAACAGUUGGCUGAACCAGAAAUGUGGGAUGAGCUGGUGGUCUCAGGGCCUGGAGGCUGGUACUUGGGGGGCCAGGCCAGGAGGAGAAGGAAGUGGCUUCCUGGGUGUUGCCAGUCAGCCCUCUCUGAUUUGGCCUCUGUUCCCUCAAAAGUUGGCCUGAGCACUUCCAACUUUGGCUGCCAGCAGGAACUUAGUUUUUGCGCCAGAGUGGAUUUUAAGAAAUUCUAGAAACUAUCAAAGGCCUCUUCCAUCUCCUCCUUUUCUGCCUCAUUCCACUCUUUUCAGUCUUAUGGGUCUGCUCUUCAGCCUUGCUGGUGUGCCCCACCUGAUUGCAGACAUGCAGGCCACAGGCAGUGGGCCAGUUCCAGAGCCUCAGGUAGGGCCUGCACAGCUGGGGCUGCUGCUGCUGCCCGGUGGGUUGGCUGCAGGGCUGGAGGGGCCCUGGGAACCCACAGGGCCAGGAGCCGUGAUGCUGUGCAUUUGGCCCGAAGCAAAGACACUUUCUGAAUACUUUCCCUUUUGAAUCUGAUUUGAAAUAUGCAGCUUCCCUCUCCAGCCCAAGGAAGGAUGGGAACAUAGGGAAGUAAAAGCAUUUAUCUUUGUUUUGGACAUAAUUAAGUUGUGCAGCUCUUCACCUAUUUACAGGCAAUGUUUAUAGAAAGCUGAUUGUUAAUAAAAACCAAAUUUACACUGGCAUGUGUGGUGUAGUUUCUAAAAGACACUUCACAUUGGAAGAUUUUCUUAACUUGUGAAGUUUCUAGUUAUCUGAAUGUCUGGUUUUGUAUCCUUUUGUGUAUGUUCACUGUUUCUCAGUAUUACUUGAAUCAUUCUCUAGGGGGCUUGUUUGUGUUAUACAUGGGGGUCUAAUUGCAGCAAUAAAGCAUCUCUUUACAAAGGGA